ACACUAUUGAAUCAUUCCUAUGUGUAUUUAUGAAACGACUGGUCGCAAAACCUAGGCUAUAUUCGCGUACUUUGUUUGCAGCGGAGAUGACAUCACAGCCAGCUGCCUGCGAACAUUGACCCUCCACUCUAAUGGGCACUGUUGACAGCGUUAGCUGCGUUAGCCGUUAGCUCAACGUCGGACGUUCCUGCGGCGAGUCACAGCUAAUCCCGCUCGGCGUUACAGAUGUGUCUCCUUCCAUCCUCCUGAAGCGUCUCCUUUAUAAAACACAAUGGACCCCAACGAGAAAUGGCCCAGACAACCACCGUACAUAUGAAUCAUGUGCUUCUCGACUGACCGGGUGUCUUAGCAGUAAAGAUGGGAUUCGUAAAGGCUUGUCUGCUGAAAUUCAGGCGUAAAAUGAAGCUUGACCUGCUCAGGGAGCUGGGACGACAGUAUCCCGUCUUCUGCUUCCUGCUGCUGAUCCUGCUUCUGUCAACAGUGGUUUUAAAUAGAUACAUUCACAUCAUCAUGGUGUUUUGGUCGUUCCUGGCUGGUGUGUUUACAUUCUACUGCUCCCUGGGGCCAGAAUCUCUGCUGCCCAACAUCCUGGUCUCCAUCAAACCAAAGAUAAAGGUAAGCAACCACCAAUCAUAUGAGCAGGAGUUGUUUCCACUCGGCCACAGUUGUGCUGUUUGUGGAAAAAUCAAGUGCAAAAGACACAGACCGACUUUAUUGCUAGAAAACUAUCAACCGUGGCUCGACCUGAAAGUUUCCUCGAAGGUGGAUGCAUCACUUUCAGAGAUUCUGGAACUUGUUUUGGAGAACUUUGUCUAUCCGUGGUACAGAGAUAUAACUGAUGACGAGGCAUUUGUCGAUGAGCUGAGGGUGACUCUGCGAUUCUUCGCUGCUGUCUUGGUUCGACGGACUCAGAAGGUGGAUGUUGCCGCCCUCAUCACGCAAAAACUUCUCAAAGUUUCCAUGAAACACAUUGAAAUAAUCGCCAAAGCCUGGCAAAAAGUAAAAAAUACAGAGCUUCUACAGCAGGCAGCCCUGGAGGAGUACGGUCCCGAUCUUCAUGUGGCUCUCCGCAGUCGUAGAGAUGAGCUCCUCUACCUGAGAAAGCUCACUGAGAUUCUAUUCCCCUACAUCCUUCCGCCUAAAGCUACUGACUGCAGCUCUCUUACUCUCCUCAUAAGAGAGGUCAUGGCUGGGUCUGUCUUCCUCCCGUCUAUGGACUACUUGGCUGACCCUGACACGGUGAAUCACCUAAUUUUGAUAUUCAUUGACAACACUCCGCCUGAAGAAGCCACAGAGCCGUCCUCGAUGUUGGUUCCGUUCCUGCAAAAAUACGCAGAUCCUCGCAGCAAAAAGCCUUCAGUACUGAAGCUGGAGUUGAAAGAGAUCAGAGGCCAGCAGGACCUUCUCUUCCGUUUCAUGAACUUUUUGAAGCAAGAAGGGGCAGUCCAUGUGCUGCAGUUUUGCCUCGCUGUUGAGGAGUUCAACGACAGGAUACUAUGUCCAGAACUUUCUGACUCGGAAAAGAUGAUGCUUCACGAGGAGGUGAGGAAGAUCUACGAGACCUACUGCUUGGAUGAGAGCAUCGACAAGAUUCGCUUUGACCCCUUUAUUGUCGAAGAAAUACGGAAUAUUGCUGAAGGUCCUCACGAAGAGGUUGUGAAACUGCAAACCAUGAGAUGCCUGUUUGAAGCCUAUGAGCAUGUGCUGUUCCUGCUGGAGAACGUUUUUACACCCAUGUUCUGUCACAGUGACGAGUACUUCCGCCAGCUUUUGAGAGGGGCGGAGUCUCCCGCGAGAAAUUCCAAAAUGAGCAGAAAUAGCCUCAGUAUGGAUGACAUCCGGAACACAUCGAAGAGAGGAGAGUCUUUUGGUAUCAGCCGCAUUGGCAGCAAGAUCAAAGGGGUGUUCAAAAGCACCACCAUGGAAGGAGCCAUGCUGCCGUCCUACGGUCUGGUGGAGGGAGAGGAUGAUAUGGUAGAGGAGGCGAUGAUGGUGCUGGAGGACGACUCCCCAGUUGAAGCUGCUUCCACCCCAAGUACCCCUCGUAACCUGUCUGCCUGGAACAUCACUAUCCCCUAUGUGGACUUUUAUGACGACGAAAUAAAGAGGGAGAGAAUACCAGUGUUCUGCAUCGAUGUGGAGCGCAACGACAGGAAGGCUGUGGGACACGAGACUGAGCACUGGUCAGUGUAUCGCAGAUAUCUGGAGUUCUAUGUCCUGGAGUCAAAGCUCACAGAGUUUCAUGGAUCUUUCCCAGAUGCACAGCUGCCUUCCAAAAGAAUCAUCGGCCCCAAGAAUUACGAGUUUCUUACAUCGAAGCGGGAAGAGUUCCAGGAGUAUCUCCAGAAACUUCUCCCGCAUCCGGAGCUGAGCAACAGCCAGCUCCUCGCGGACUUCCUGUCCCCUCACAGCAUGGAGUCUCAGUUUCUGGACAAGAUGCUGCCAGAUGUGAAUCUAGGAAAAAUCAUCAAGUCUGUUCCCAGCAAGUUAAUAAAAGAGAAAGGGCAGCAUCUUGAGCCCUUCAUUCAGUCCUUUUUCAACUCUUGUGAAUCUCCAAAGCCCAAACCCAGUCGACCUGAGCUGACUAUCCUCAGCCCCACCUCAGAAAACGAUAAAAAGCUCUUCAACGAUCUCUUCAAAAACAACGCCAACCGCUCAGACAUGGCUGAAAAAAGACACAACCAGAACUAUUUCAUGGAGAUGAUUCACGUGGAAGGAGUGUAUGACUACCUGAUGUAUGUGGGGCGAGUUGUGUUCCACAUCCCGGACUGGCUUCACCACCUGCUGAUGAGUGGAAGGAUUCUGUUCAAGAACACUCUGGAGACUUACACCGACCACUACCUGCAUUUCAAACUCAGCCAGGUGCUUCAGGAGCACCGGCUGGUGUCACUCAUCACCCUUCUUCGAGAUGCUGUUUUCUGUGAGAGCAGUCCUCCUCGCUCGGACCGUGACCGACAGAAGAGAGCCAAGGAGACGUUUGAGGAAAUGAAGAAUUAUAUUCCUGACCUUCUAGGUAAAUGUAUCGGCGAAGAGGCCAAGCACGAAGGCGUCUGUCUCCUCUUUGACGGACUGCAGCAGCCAGUUCUCAACAAACAGCUGACGUAUGUUCUUUUGGACAUUGCUAUUCAAGAACUUUUCCCUGAGCUGAACAAGGCCCAGAAGGAGACCUUGACAAUAGCACCCUGGAUUUAAACUGAGGUUUUCACUUGUAGCACUUCUACCUAGCUGGUUUGUUGACUUUCCUCCAUGCAUACCACGCUGCAUGUCAAGUUUGUAAAAUAAAAGUGUGCAUAAGUGUAUGUUCAUGUGCCAGUAAAACGUGUACAGGGCGAGGUCGCAGGGGCAGCAGCUGGACUUAAGAAGCCUAGAGUUCCCUCUCCUGUUAAACCUUUUUCCUGCUCUGAGUCUUUCCUAGUUAGAGCUGGCGAUAGAAGUAUGUGCUUCUUUGUUAGUUGCUGACACAUAGUUCGACGUCAUUUUUGGUGGUUUCAUGAGGAUGCUCCAUUUUUACAGACAACUUUUUACAAACCAGACGGGGAAAAUAUAUAGGAAAAUAGGAUGCAGCCACUCAUCCUUCAGUCACCAGGAAGGUACACAAUAUGUGCUUUAUCUUCCCUCUGCAUCUGAAGGAAAACCAAAGAUACUGAAAACUGUAUUUCCCGUCCUUGUGACCCUGUUCUUGAAUGGAAUCCUGUCCUGUCUAAUUUGAUUUAUUCCUCCUGAGUGUUUCAAAGGUCUUAAGUGUUGUUGGAGCUUCGACUGUCACUUGUGCAUCAUGGGACGUGUGUGUUGGACUGGUGAGAGUCGUGAUGAAACUAUUGUUGCCACACAUAUUGUUGACACCAGAUCUACAGGAGACAACGUCAGCUGGCCUGUUCCAGCUUGCUUUGUGUUGUCUCUGUUAUGUUUAUGGUCUGUGUUGUGGCACUGUCGGGAUUCUGAAAGGCUUGUGAUGGUGCAAAGGAAUCAAUGGCUCAGGACUCAUUUAAUCCUUGUUUGAAACACGUACAACAGGUUCAAAGUGUUCCUUUCACCUGAGGUUCAGGAAUAUUUCAGUGACUUUACAAAGCAUCGCUGGGAAUCCUGUUCCUGUUCAUCCACAUUCAAGGAUCUGCCCAUAAAUAAGAUGUUCUGGGUUAAGUUAAAAUAUUCAGUUCAUGAAGACAGUUUGGACUUUGCUUCCAAAAACAGGCGAUCUGCAGUCAGAUGGAGGCCGAUGCUCAGGUAGUCAGUGAGCACAGAGUUGGUAGCAGCAAGCUCAAGCCCAGUGUUGCUGACGUAGCAGAGUUCUUGAACAAGAUGCGUCCCUCCACUGCAGGGAAGACCUGCUUCAUUUCAGAGAUGUAUUCAGAGAGAACUGUGAUGUCCAUGUCACCUGGAAGACAAGGGCAGACACUCGGUCUCUGGUCGUGGCUUCCAGUUGAACUGACACUCCACUUCUGAUACCAUAUGUUGCACUAGGAGGCAGCCGAAGCCUUUCUGAACUCAUGUAAGUGAGAAGAAAAAACAUUUUUUUCAAAAUGGCAGUAGGAAGUGGGAUGAUUUCAUUGUGUAUUCUCAUCCCGCGACACAUGCUUCCCAUAUGUCGCCGCUCGUGAAAGACCCGGCAUCCGCUUCAGUACAGGCUAUGCUGGUGACAGAUUAAAGCUUUCAAAUCCUGCCAACAAGAAGCAUCCCAAAAGCCUCUACUGAUUAUAAACCAGGAACAAAGAAACACGUUCAAUGGUUGGCACUUAUUUGCAUUCCACCGGGAACAUUUGGUUUGGUCAAGGGAGACUUGCCAACUGCCAAUUUAAUCAGGAUUAUACCUUAUAAUAUCGUCCCUGCAGAGUCCAGGAGCCUCGGCAGCUUCUUACCCGUAUUGUGCUUCAGCAUCUCCUCCUUAAUCAUCUGGUAGCCGUCUCCCCCAUUCACCAUGUACGAAUUCAUGGCCACCGUGUACGUCUGCUCCAAGUCCAGCGGCACGUACUUUGGCACUCGGCAGAGGGUGCACAAUACCGAGAGGGAUACCACGCGUUGGUUCUCUGGCAGCGAGGUGUCGUACACCACUCGAAUACCUAAGAAAGAGCUCACUUUAGUGGGCAGCUUGUCGUCUGUAGAGGGCUGUUUCAACAACACGUGGGACCAAAAGUUCAAAGACUCAACCUUCUGUGUGGCUUGUUGACACUUAAGGCUACUAUUGAGUCAAAUGUUUCCCCUUCCCAGACAUUCCCUGACGCUUUCCAUUCCCUGUCCAAAAGAUCCGUGCUGUGCAACGGCAGGAAAUUGCAAAGAAUUUGCAUGAAAAAUACGCAUCAGGUGUGAAAGAAUCUUAACUCGGCGCUUCAUUAGAUUAAAAA